GAUAGAGGUAUAUAUCGUAUCGAUUCCGUUUCGACGAAUUAAAUUCUCUUGUGCUUCGUUGUGAGUGCGUGUAUAAGAGAACAAAAGUUCGCGUAACGUUCAUCUUUUAAUCUCGAAGAAGAAAACUCGUUCGUUUGCUUAUCCAUGAUACAGGAAAAAAAAACAUUAAAUGUCACAGAUUCUCAAUAAUAUCUCAGCGACCAUCCCUUCCAUGACAUCACCUCCUUCGCUUAGCUGUCUCUCUAUUUAAGAUCUCUUCAUGCAAACUCUAACAUCACAUUAAAAUUAUAAAAUAAAAGAAACAAAACCCAGGAAAUAAAAAGAAUUGAUAUUUUUUUGUUGGGUUUUGUUAUUUUUAUUUUCUUAUAAAAUCCAGAUAUGGAGAGAGCCUUUUCUUCCUCUGACUCAUCAUCAUCCAUGCCUUCUUCUUCUGAUCAGUCUCUUUCCAUCAACUCCGAUCAAACCUCACCUUUCGUGACGUCAUCCAUGCUUUCACGCACGUCAUCUUCUUCUUCCUCCGCCGUGGGUGACUACAUCGGGACAGAGAGCUGCUUUGACGUCCUCUCCGCUGACGAAGAAAACGAUGUCGUCUCCGUUACGUCCGAGUCUGUAAAAAGCCGGUUUCGUUACGGUGGAAGGAGGAGAGAAGAGAGAGAAGCUAGAGCUGCGGCGGCGCGUGAGUUUCCUCCGCCGAUACCGUUGCUUGCUCAGACGGGGAAUCUCCUCCCGCACAUGCCGUGGGUUCUCAAGCGUGUGGUGACGAGCGACGGGAGGCUUAUACUCAGAGAAGAGAAGGUUCGUCAUCAUGAGUAUUUCCGUGCGAAUAGAUCCAAUGGUCGUCUCACUCUUCACCUUGUUCCUUUAGACGAUGACGUUUUUGAACUUCCUCAAGAACCCUCUCAUUACCAAAGUGAUGAUGAUAACGAUGAUGAAGAGGAUGGUGAUGAUCAGUGUGAUGAUCAGGAUGAAUGUGAUGAUGAUCAGCAUCAAGAGGUGGAAGAUGAUUUGGAUGAUCUGGCGGAUAAGAUUAAUAAGGAUGUUGCUAGCAAUGCCUCUAAUGAUGAUGAUAAGGGCAAUGUGCAUGGUGAUAGUGAAGAUGGAUAUAGAAAGGUUAUCUUAGCGGCGGUGGGGGAGGAGACGGUGGGGGAGAGUGGAGUGAUGGUCGGAGGAGGAGGAUCGCCAAGAGGAAAGUGUUUGAAGUCAUGUUUUGUUGGUAUGAGAGUUCAUGAGAUAAGACCAGUUCUUAGUUGAUUCUUAUUAUUAUUAAUUAGUAGUUCUUGUUAAUUAGCAUCUUUUUUUUUGGGUGGAAAACAAGAUUAUUAUCGAAGAGAGCAAUAAAAUACUACCGGCUUAAUUCAUAUGAAUAUUAGAGGUUUUUUCAUGAGAAAAAGUUGUUUGUUUUUGUAAUCUUCAGAGGCUAUGGUGUAAUUUAGCUUCUUUUAGAUGUUUUUUGAGGAUAUAUACAUAUUUUAAAUAGGGUUAAUAGUUUUGUGACUUUGUCGGUAUGUGAGUGAUGAUGUUUUUUUAAAAAAUUUGAAUUUAUCUU